AUGGGGGUCGGUGGGUGCUUGGCCCUGCCCUGGAGGUGCCUGGUCGUCCUCUGUCUCAGGCUGCUCUUCCUUGUGCCCGCAGGAGUGCCCGUGCGCAGCGGAGAUGCCACCUUCCCCAAAGCCAUGGACAACGUGACAGUGCGGCAAGGGGAGAGCGCCACGCUCAGGUGUACUGUGGAUGACCGGGUCACGCGGGUAGCGUGGCUGAACCGCAGCACCAUCCUGUAUGCCGGCAAUGACAAGUGGUCUAUAGACAACCGUGUGGUCAUCCUGUCCAACACCAAGACCCAGUACAGCAUCAAGAUACACAAUGUGGACAUAUACGAUGAGGGCCCCUACACCUGCUCUGUGCAGACAGACAAUCACCCCAAGACUUCACGCGUCCAUCUCAUCGUGCAAGUGCCCCCCCAGAUUGUCAACAUCUCAUCGGACAUCACCGUGAACGAGGGCAGCAGUGUGACCCUCAUGUGCCUGGCCUUUGGGAGACCGGAGCCCACCGUCACGUGGCGGCACCUCUCCGGGAAAGGGCAGACCUUUGUGAGUGAGGAUGAGUACCUGGAGAUCACGGGCAUCACACGGGAGCAGUCCGGGGAGUACGAAUGCAGUGCCGUCAACGACGUGGCCGUCCCAGAUGUGCGGAAAGUCAAAGUUACCGUCAACUACCCGCCGUACAUCUCCAACGCCAAGAACACGGGCGCCUCGGUGGGCCAGAAGGGCAUCCUGCAGUGCGAGGCUUCGGCCGUCCCCGUGGCGGAGUUUCAGUGGUUCAAGGAGGACACCAGGUUAGCGAACGGGCUGGAGGGAGUGCGGAUCGAGAGCAAGGGCCGCCUGUCCACGCUGACCUUCUUCAACGUCUCGGAGAAGGACUAUGGCAACUACACGUGCGUGGCCACGAACAAGCUGGGCAACACCAACGCCAGCAUCAUCCUCUAUGGGCCCGGAGCAGUGCACGAUGGCGGCAACGCGGCAUCCCGGGUGGCUGCUGGCCUCUGCCUCUGGGCCACCCUCCUUGCUCGCCUCCUUCUCGACUUUUGAUAAGGGAGCGGAGGGUCCCGGGAGGCCUCGCCGCACCUCUCCCCCGCCGCGGGCUUGGCCGCCGCGCCGCCUGGGGACUCCUCUCCAUCGGACGGGCGAUGCACCAGAGGACGGGCGGCGGUGCCGAGCGUCCGAGGAUGGCCCCGUCUCCCAUGUGCCGGGAUCGUUCUCGCCGCCGGUUAUGCUGUACAGACCCCACCACGUGCCACCAGACUGUCACCCGCCACCAUCGCCCCGGGAAUGUGGCCCGGCACGGACGGUGCCCCUGUGGCUGCCUCAUCUCCAAUGCCGGGGGCACGGAGCCGUCGGGGCGGGUGCCGCCCAGAGCCUUCACCAGGAUGUCCGUCUCGUCAUCUCACUAAGCCGCCUAUGCCCAAAAAGACCCCAAGGCUGAAGCCUCCUGGCUCUGCCUUCAGCCCUCUUGGUCCUGAAUGUCAGUUCUCGUCGCCAAAGCUCCUCCCUAAGCACCCCGA